AGUCCUUAUCAAAUGGAGUUCCACAGUAACUGCUUACAGUAUUGCAGUAUUGCUGUGGCUGUCUUGUUGUUUUGUUUUACACUAUUCUCCCAUAAUUGUCCACUUUUUCUGAUAAGAAAUGAUUGUUGACUUCAUGUAUGAAUUAGCUGAUUGAAUCUGGUACUACAAAGCCCAUAGUAAACAGGUGGUAAGCCCGUAUCUGUAUGAGACAUGAUUUACUUCUCACAGAUGGACAGAUCAGAGUCUAUUGUUCCCCACAUUAUGCUUAACACACUCCUUUGUUUCUCUCUUGAGGAGGUGCCUAUAGCCCUGGCCUCCCAUAUACCUGCUGCAGAGAAACAAGAGUCUAUACAGGCUGGCAGUCCAUCAGAACCUGGAGAUGCCAACAAGGAGUAUAUUGUGGCAGGAGUACAGCCCACUAACAAGAGAACCUCCUUGAGGAGUUCCAGCAGAACCUCAUGGAAGAUCUCCAAGGGCCCAGUAGCUCCAGGAACACCUUCAAUCUCUGCUCCAGUUAAACCCAUGGCAUCCCCCUCUGUGCAGCAUCUCUGGACUAGAAGCUACAGCAAACAGAGCCUCCGGCCUAAAAGUCCCUCUGCACAGACUGAUGAUGCUGGAGAAGAAAGAGAAGAGACCAGAGAUGUCUCAGGCACCAAGGAACCUGCAGCAGGGCAACAUCAAAGAGGGAGGACUGGGGCCCUCCAACAGCUGGCACAGUCUAGCCAGAGGGAAGCAGAAGAUGCUCAAACCAACUCAGAUGUAGCAAGGCAGCAUCGGACUCUGGGGCCCAGGAUACCUGGAUCUCCCCGAAAGACCAUCAAGAGCCGCUACAAAGAGACAAAGGAAGUCCAGAAUGGUUUAAGUGCCAAGGAAUCCUUAGCAUCAAUAGGGCAAGAUGUGAAAGCUGAAGGAAAGCCCCUUCCAGAGAGGAAGAGCAGCCUGAUUCCCCCCAUUAGCAAACACAACUGCGGGAGCACUGUAGUGGACCACCUCAUUGCUGCAGAACAGGAACGCCGUGCUCUCUGUGAGGCUGGAUUGAUUGAAGGGCAGAAGCGGCUCAGCGACCGAACACUCAAACUGCUCGAAAACCCCCUGACCUCCACAGGUUUUGCUGAUUAUAAUGAGCUGGGCUACAACCUGAGGUCCAACAUCUUCCAAGGUGGCCCACUGGAAAGCAAGAGCCUGAUGAAGGAUUCCUAUACCCCAGAUGUGAUUCAGAGGGCAGUCAGGGACCCCAAGCACUGGCAUGGAAGGAAAACUGAUGAACUAGGGAGGUGGCAUCAGAAAAAUGCCCUAAACAUCAACCUGCAAAAAGCUUUGGAGCAGAAAUAUGGGGAGAAGAACAAAGGUUCCAAGUCCUAGACGGUGAAGGAAAGAAUAUGAGUGCUUGCAGAGAGGGGCUUGCUCUUCCUACCCCUAUAAUAAACCUCCAUUCAGCCUCUAAUCUCAUGCUUACUGAGUGUCAGUGGUAAAUUGAUAAUAAGAGAACUGAGGAGUCAGCUGGCAAAGCCUUUCCAUCUGGGUCCAAAAAAGGGAUGGGGGAGGCAGGUCCCUUAGGCCAGAGUGUUUCUUUGAGGAGUGGUGUGAGGGGGAAUGGAAACUGGGGAGUGGUGUGAGAGGAAAAUGGAGGAGGGGGGUGGGCAAAGCUCAGGAAUUAAUGAACCAGGGGACCAAAUACCCAUCACUAGCAGACCAGCGAAAGUACUAGGUAAUUAACAGGGUGGGGAGGAAUUUCUUUUGUAGGUGUGUGUGAAAGACAAGGGAAUAAAGUCCAGUAUAAAUGAACAUUGGUGGCAUUUUCAAUGGCUACCAGCCCCAUUUCCCUCUCUCCCCAGUGGAUUCUGUGUAAAAAUCCCCUGCAGGGCAUCAAAGAAGUUGAGUGGCAACACAAACCAGGUAGACAG